GUUCCUUGUUAAUCGAGGCUCCUCAUGGUCAUUAUAUAUAUCUACAAUUCAGAUCAUUUCAUCUUGAAUCUAGUAGUAGCUGUGGAUAUGACUACGUCGAAGUUUACGAUGGAAACGCAGCAUGGAGCUCCAAGAUUACAAGAGCAUGCGGUCAGCGGCACCAGGCGCCAUGUGAGAUCUACAGCAGCGGAAGGUUUCUUUAUGUGAAAUUCCGUUCAGAUGGCAGUGUCCAGUAUUCUGGCUUUUCUGCUUACUAUUAUACUUUGUCAAAGAGUCAAAACGUCCAGCAAGUAAUGAGUCCAAUCGUAAAAUCGUCAUGCAGUUUUGCCACGUCUUCACCGUUGAUAUCUUCCACGCCCGUCAUGCUUUCAAGUCCACCUGUCACUGAUUUGUCACCAACACCAGCUUCUUCCACAGCAACAAUUGCAACGGCGUCAGUCUCCGGAUGGACGAAAUAUUCGCAAACUAUUAGUUGGUGCACCUCCGCUGGAAGGUCUUUAAUUUCCAGGGGCAUAAGUAUCAUACAAUGCCAAAGGUAUUGUGAGGCUAGGCCCGGAUGCAACGCCAUUGAGUUCUGGGAAAGAGGAGGCCGCUACUGCUACGAAUGCACAGACACGUCCAAAAUAACACCGUAUACCAACUCAAACGACUGGGCCUACCCUGUAUAUGUCUGGAUUAAAAGCAGGUUAUUAGCUGUAGACAUAGAUCACAGGAUCAAGGACCGGGGACCCAGGACCGGGGAUCCAGGACAGAGGAGCCAGGACACACGAGCCAGGACAGUGGAGCCAGGACACAGGAGCCAGGACAGAGGAGCCAGGACAGAGAAGCCAGGACAGAGAAGCCAGUACAGAGGAGCCAGGACUCAGAACAAAGGAUCAAGGAGCAAGAAUAGGACUGAGGACUGA